AUGGCAAACCGCGACCCCAACUUGCACAACUCCAUCUCCUUGCGACCGCACCCCUUCCACGUCCACCCAGAGCGCUCAUCGCACACCUCGCCAGUCACCAGCACCGAGAACGUCCAGCACUCGCACCGACCUGGCAAUAGCUCUGCCGUCUCUAAGGGCGGCCCGCGCGUUGAGCAAGGCCCCGUCCCGCGACCUGCCUACCAUAGGAACAGUGGCGACAGCGACCGCGACGAUGUGGAGCGACAGGGCAGUCUCCCAGGAUACGAUGCUGAGCAGGACCCCUACAAGCUUCGCGACGGCUUAAAGGAUCUGGAUCAAGCGAAGGAGCGCACCAAAGCUAACGUCAGAGCGAAGCGCACGUCUGGUUGCACUCCUGUUGGCCGUAGCAAGGACAAAUACAAGACGCACACGAUUGUCAAGUUCUACGAAAACCAGAACGAGAACAUCGAGCGCUUGCUGAAGCCGGUGGACGACCAUGUUCGCGAGGCAAAGGAGGAGCAGGGUGCUGAUGCGCUGCAGUUCCAGAUUGCGGUGCAUGGCAGCUUCGUUGCGAACAUCAUCCUGGCCAUUCUGCACGUCUACGGAGCUGUGUCUUCAGGCAGUCUGUCGCUUUUCACCACCAUGGCAGAUUCCAUCUUUGACCCGCUCAGCAACCUCACCCUCAUCCUCUGCAACCGCGCCGUCAACAAAGUCGACGCGAGGCGCUUUCCUUCUGGCAAGGCACGACUGGAGACUGCCGGCAACAUUACUUUCUGCUUCCUGAUGACUACAGUGUCGUGGAUCCUUAUCGUCGAGUCCAUCAAGCAGCUCGCGGAGAAGUCGGGCGAAUCCAAGUUCCACAUCCCGUCAGUCAUCGCAGUGGGCAUUGCUUUCGCCACCAAGCUCGGCCUGUUCUUGUACUGCUGGGCGUUGCGCAACAAGUACAGCCAGAUCCGCAUCCUCUGGGAAGACCACCGCAAUGACCUCUUCAUCAACGGCUUCGGUCUAAUGACGAGCGUCCUAGGUGCCCAGAUCGCCUGGUGGAUCGACCCCCUGGGCGCCAUCGUCCUCUCCGUCCUCAUCUCCGUCCUCUGGCUCCGCACCGCCUACCAAGAAUUCCAACUCCUCAUCGGCGUCACCGCCGACACAGCCUUCCUUCAACACGUCACCUACAUCUCCAUGACGCACGACCCUCGCGUAACCCAGCUCGACACCGUGCGCGCAUGGCAUUCUGGCCCGCGUCUCAUUAUCGAAGUCGACAUUGUGAUGGAUCGGCAACUUAGUCUGGAAGAGACACAUGAUGUGGCUGAGGAGCUGCAGACGAAGUUGGAGAGUUUGCCGGAUGUGGAGAGGGCGUAUGUCCAUGUGGAUUAUGAGACGACGCAUAGUCCGGAGCAUUUUUUGAAGAAGGAGUUGUAA